ACUGUCCUGACAUUUGGGGGAUAUCUGUACUGUUCUGACAUUUGGGGGAUAUCUGUCCCUGUUCUGACAUUUGGGGGAUAUCUGUCCUGUUCUGACAUUUGGGGGAUAUCUGUACUGUUCUGACAUUUGGGGAAUAUCUGUACUGUCCUGACAUUUGGGGGAUAUCUGUACUGUCCUGACAUUUGGGGGAUAUCUGUACUGUCCUGACAUUUGGGGGAUAUCUGUACUGUCCUGACAUUUGGGGGAUAUCUGUACUGUCCUGACAUUUGGGGGA